AUGGCUGUCACCAUGCUUCCUGGUGACAAGGAGUUUACUCACAACCCGAAGCCUUUCCUCAACGAACUCACGGGGAAGCAGGUGAUGAUAAAGCCCAAGUGGAGGAUGGAGUACAAGGGCUACCUAGUGUCUGUGGACAGUUAUAUGAACACACAGCUUGCAAACACAGAAGAAUACAUAGACGGAGCAUUGUCUAGACACCUGGGUGAAGUUUUAAUAAGGUGUAUCAGAGGUGCUGAGGAAGAGGAAGAAGAUGGGGAAAUGAGGGAAUAG